CGGUUUCCGAUUUUUUUUUCUAUAUAGAAGUUUGAUAAUGUUGCACAGAGUCGCGGAGAAAAGCAGCCGGCAGUACAUAAUUAAUUCGAGACAAGCCCCUUUCGGAAUUGCACUGCUACGCAGCUGUGCUGCAAUUCCUCUCUGCCUGCCAGUUUGUCUAAACAGCGAGUGAGACGCCUUGGAUCGAAACAACUACUGUAACGAGCGCCAUGAGCAGGAUAAAAAGCAACGAUGUGAAAUCUAACAGAACCGCGGCGUGGGUCCUUGUGCUGCUGGUGUUGGCGAAGAGCCCCACGCUUUGUGUCUUGGACGAAGCAGCGUGCCACGGUGCCUUUGACCUCUACUUCGUGCUGGAUAAAUCUGGAAGUGUAUCAGACAACUGGAUAGAAAUAUAUGAAUUUGUAGAGCAGCUUACUCACAAAUUUGUAAGCCCUAGGAUGAGGAUCUCAUUCAUAACAUUUUCUACAAAUGCAGAAAUACUGAUGCCGCUUACAGGAGACAGGUAUGAAAUCAGCCGUGGCUUAGAAAACCUAAGAAAUGUGAAACCAGUGGGUGAAACGUACAUGCAUUUAGGGAUAAAAUUGGCUACAGAACAGAUUGAAAAACAUAAAGCCGAAAGAACAUCUAGUACUAUAAUUGCCCUGACAGAUGGAGAGCUGGAGGAUUUGCUUUUACCAUAUGCAGUAAAUGAAGCCAAUAAAGCAAGACAAUUAGGUGCCAGAGUUUAUUGUGUUGGUGUUCAGGAUUUUGUUGAAAAUCAGCUUGCACAAGUAGCUGACACUAAAGAUCAAGUAUUCCCUGUCAAAGAUGGAUUUCAAGCUCUUAGAGGCAUAAUAAAUGCAAUACUAAAACAGUCUUGCACAGAAAUUUUGAGCAUUGAACCCUCAACUGUCUGCAUUAACCAAACCUUUGAAAUUGUUCUUCGAGGAAAUGGGUUCACAGUUGGCAGAAAUAAGGAAGGGGUCACGUGCAGCUAUGUUAUUAAUGAAAUGACAAUUAAUGAGAAGCCAAGCAUAGUACAAGAUGAUUAUCUACUCUGUCCAGCACCCACGCUACAUGAAGUUGGACAAAAAUUGGAGGUACGUGUCAGUGUAAAUGAUGGGCAGGCUUUCAUCUCCGGUGGAAUCACAAUUACUGCCACAUCUUGUGCUGAUGGAUCAAUCGUUAUUAUCAUCAUUCUGGUACUUUUAAUCUUAGUGGGCAUUCUUCUCAUGUGGUGGUUUUGGCCUCUCUGCUGUAAAGUGGUUAUUAAAGAUCCUCCACCACCUCCUCCACCAAAAGCUCCAGAGCCAGAAGAAUCACCUUUGCCUAAGAAAAAGUGGCCAACUGUAGAUGCUUCGUAUUAUGGUGGAAGAGGAGCUGGUGGCAUUAAAAGAAUGGAGGUUCGCUGGGGAGAGAAAGGAUCAACUGAAGAAGGGGCCAGAUUAGAGAAAGCAAAAAAUGCUAUUGUGAAUGUACAAGAAGAAGCUGAAGAACCAAUGAUGCGAAAACCUGUACGUCCUACACCAGCGUCCCAAACUACAGAAUCAAAAUGGUAUACCCCAAUCAAGGGUCGACUAGAUGCACUCUGGGCCCUAAUGCGAAGGCAGUAUGAUAGAGUUUCUUUAAUGAGACCACAAGCUGGUGAUGAGGGUCGAUGUAUAAACUUCAGUCGUGUUCAAGGCCAGUAGACAAAAAGUGCAAGUGAUCAUUUCAUACACAGUCAUCAGCUGAAGACCAAAGUAAACCUGCCCCCAUAACUUGCUGCUUUAUUUUUGAAAACCACUAUGCAUUUUUGUCUUGCUUUCAUAUUUCUGCAUUUCAGGAAGCAUUGAGGACUUUGAGUGCAGCUCUAUGAACUGUGCUGUCUAUUUAGUACCUUCUCAAACUAUUGCUUCCUAUUAAUUUGUUUUUGAAAAUGGAGAUAUAAUGACACAUGAAAGGUAUAAGUGCACUAAACAUAUACCAUUUUGUGCCAUGUGGCAUUUUUUGACACUUUUGAACACAUACAAGAUUUAACAUAUUCUGACCAUAUUGUGCCUUCUGUAGAAUACCUAAUUUCAUGGACACAGACAGCAGCUAUUUAAACAAACAGAAGAAAGGGAGGGGAUACAAAACAGGGAAUGGAAGGGGCCGGUUGCCAUUGGCGAGAAAAUAAAAAUAAUCUCAAUGGGCCUAACAAGUGCAAAAGUCCAUUGCCUUUUGGCGAUGUCUCAUCACAAAAUCUUUCCAACUCCACCAUCGUUUCAUGCCUAGCAGGGAGCUUCUGACUGAAAAUCUUGUCAUUUUAACACUGAAAAGUGCACACGCAUGACAAAAUGUAGAUGGGAUGCCCCCAGGUAUUGGAAAUAGAAAGACUUUGCCCUUUAGUUUUUUGAGACACCUUUCUUUCAUUAUGCACCCGGGACACAAAGAUUAAUAGAGCGUUAUUGUACAGCAAUAACGCCUGUAACCAAAGGUCUUUGGCAGGGUUUGAAGGAGUGAUGUUUUAAGACCUUGACAUGGGGGCUGGUGUUUUUAACAUUACCCUCUUUCAUUGUAAGUUCAGUAACGCGUAAAGCAUCAUCAUCCAUAAACAUACCUAUCAGUUUUAGUCUUAAUACAAAUGCAGCAGUCUCAAAGCCAGUAUCUCCACUGUUUCAAAUCUCUAAGGGCUCCUCCGCGUCACAAGCCAGCAACUCUCUUUGCAUGAGAAUUUCAAAGUUUAAUUAAUAUAAUUAAAGGCAACAGCAAGCAGCAGCCUGUGAAGAUUUUGCUCAUCUUUUUUAUACCUUUUGACAUUGAAUGACCUAUUACUGUAUAUGCAUUACUCAGAUUUUGAGGAGCACCAUCCUUUGGAUAUGUUAAGCCACUUCCCAAAUAAAAAAAAAAGCAAAAAGGAAGAUGAAAUGGCAGAUUAUUGUUCACUUUCAGAUACAAUAUUCACAGUCAUCUGAGCUUUAGAAUAAAUAUCGAGCACUGUAUUUAUUGUAAAAUUUUCAACCGCCCUGUCACGUCAACAACCCCAAAUGAUGCUAGUGUGAGCGGAAACACUGUGGGGGAGGAAGGAGGCAGCAGCUGAAGAAAAAGGCUCGAACGAUCUAGUCACUUUCGAUACGGUGUUUCAGAUGCAAAAUGGAUAUUCGAGUCGAAACCUGACAAAGCGCGCCUGCUUUGAUGUGAACUGGUAUAGACAAUGACCAGUGGCUGGGUCAGUGGGAUGUCUCUCUGCAAGCAGAGAAGCUUAUCAAAUGACACUAAAAAUAAGUUCAACAACCAUCACGUUUGAGGGGAAUAGGCGAACAUUUCACAUUUUGUGGGCAUGCAAGUGCACGAGAUAGGAAGAGCGUUCCUGAAGCAUCCUGGUCUAAUUAUUCUUUUGUGCUCUUCAUCGAAAUUGUAAGGGACAUAAAUAAUUCUUUUGGUUGACUUCCAAAUGUGUGGGUUAGCUGUAAGAAGCUUUUUGCAUUUAGCCACUUGCAUAAUCCUUCGGUUAACUUCUAAAUGAUACAUUUGCACAUGGAUACCUAAAAACAUUGGAUUAUAUACAUCAGCAUUCUGCUUUGUUUGAUUGCUUUUUCUUCAUGCUUUCUUUUUCCUUUAAAUGGAAAGCGAAAGCCUGUAAAUAACCCGUAUUAAUGAGCUGUUUAUGCACACCAGUCAAAACGCGAACUAUCUUCCAGUGAUGUUUUACAUAAAUAUGAACUUAAUUACAAAGUGUACAUGGGCACAGCAGCUUUCGCUUAUAUUGCAAUAGUUAUAAAAUAUGGUCUCAGGCAAGGGAUAUUAUUUCCAAAUGUCCACAUCUGACUAUGUGUCAUGCAGUCCUACAAGACCAUGUCUAUCACUUAUUUACUACUUAAAGAGCAUAGAUACACAGAGAGUAGUAAGGUGAGCACAGACUAUCCUUAGAAAUCUGCUUGCUUUUUACACCAAGUUUAACAACUUUUUUUAUUUCUAAAAAUUAAGUGCUUUUUGGCAUUGAUUUAUUUGUAACCAUUAAAUGUUUUUCUAUUUAAUAACAAUCUGAGCAUAGACUUUUUAUGCAGUUAACAUUCACAGCUGAAGAGAAAAAAAACAUAAUUCCUGUAUUAUAUUAAAAUUAAUUUUAUUUAAUUGUGGUUCCUAAUGUAUAGCUAGAUGAAGAUGUUUUGCAACAUGGCUCUUUGAGGAUACAUACAGGUGUACUAUGAAUUUUAAUUUUGUGCACUUAAUUUUUAUUUUUAAUACUUCUGUUAACCAAUGACAUUUUCAUUAACAAAAAUUUUUUAAAAUAUAUUUUAAAAAGCAUGAAAAACUACAAUCAUAGUUAAAAGCAAAACAAAUCGUUAAGUCCUGAGGUAGUGUUAUAUUUUACAGUAAUUUUGCUUAAAGGAAAAUCUGCUGUUGGAGACAGUUAAUUUAAUAAACUUCAUCUGAAUCAAUUUGUUGUACUGUAAUGUACAAUUUUAUUAAAUACACAGACAAGGCUGAAAGUAAUUUUUCCUCUUGGUUCGUUUCAUGUCUGGGUCACUUGUAAACCAUUGCAGUAGUGAGAGACUCACUUUUUCAGUAGCGAUCUUGUUGAAAAAAGACAUGCUAAAGGCAAUCUUUAAUUGGGCUCAAAAAGAUUUAUAAGGCAAGACAGGAGAUGUAAUUAUAUGUUACAAAAUGAGAGAUGCAUAUAUUGCACCAACUAAACCAGGAAGCCAUCUCUGCAGUGCUUGGCACCGCAGGCAGAGAGCGCAAAAAAAUUCCUUCUGGGUUUAGAUAGCUUGAAAAUCAGAUCUUUCCGUUAGUUAAGAUUUGCAUUGUAUAUUAAAAGCUCUUUUACUAUUCAUAUUAAAAGAUUUUUUAGUCAUUGCCUUCAAACAAUAUCAUUAACCCUUUAUUAAACUUUAAAUGUUCCAUGUCACUACCAUAUAACUAACACCAGUACGACUACAAGCUUUAAUUUCAAGUUACAUUUAUCACUUUUGUUUUUAUUGUCCAUUAUGUUUCUUAAAAUAAGUAUAGAGAAAUUGUUUGACAUGAAAGAGACAUACAUUUCUUUUGCCUUCUGUAUUUCAUGCCUGUAUGUAAUUCUCUAAAUGAGAGCACUUCAACAUUUAUUUUUUUAUUGUUUGCAUUUUUAACUUGCAAAUGUCCUUUAUUCACUCAAUAAUUAUUUAUGUUGUUUUCUGGACUCCACAAAUUAUUCAUUGUUUUCUGGUCAAAUGCUAUUGAUCCUCCAUCUGUUUCCUUUUUAUUUUUUUAUCUGUACAUAGCAAGACAAAUUUAAAUUAAAGAAUAGCACAUUAAUGGUACAGCACAUGUUAAUGCAUAAAGUAUGUCUUACUUCAUUUGAUGGCACACAGUUUGUGGACUUUUUUGUUCAGGAACAUGGAAUAAAGUAUUUCUGUAUGUAUCAGUAUGCCCACCUGUCAGAUAAUUAUUUUUUUAAUAACAUGACUGCUUAGUAUAGACAAUUUAAAGUUUCUUCCAUUAAGUUUUUAUUUUAGAUUACUCUGCAGACAAACUAUUUCUGGAAUUACAUAAAAUAAACAUACAAUUAGCAGUUUUGAUAAGGAAUCAAUUCAUAUUUGACAUGAUACAAGUAUUUAGUCAUAUAAAAGCUUAAUAAUAAGUAUAUAAUACUUUAGACCUUACUUUAACAGUUACAGAUUACUAGUGUAUUUUAAAUAUCUACAGAUAGUUGAUAAGGAACAUAUGUAAAAUGCCAUAUUUUUGUUUUACGCCACUACAAACAGCUAGACUAGCUUUAGUACACCUUGACAAAUUUUGAAAGUUUCAGAACUUGUACUAAUGAACAGCUAUUACAUUAUUCCUUCAUGAAAACUUCCAUCACUUGCUGAUUUGAUGAUGGUGGUGAAAAGACCCAUUCCAGAGAUUUUGUGACUGGAGUGGCUAUUGUAUAUGGUUUAUAUUGUUGUCACACUCUUCAAACAAGUCAUUGACCACUUGUUCCUCAGUGAUGUCAGCAUUGAUAUUGUGUAAGAUUCCACUAAAUUUCUUUACAUUUAUUGUCAUUUACCUUGCUCUCUAUGGCAAUUGGUGUUCCCAAAACUUGCAAACGAAAUAUACUCACAAUCCGUAAUCCUUCUCUAUGGAAAACUAAGAUAUGGUGUGCACUACACAUUCAGUCCCAAUUAAAACUGUGGGUUCACAUUAGAACCCAUAUUUUGUGUUUCAUUUAUUAUUUUUUACAUUGAUAAUGUUGUUAAACUAUAACUGUUGUUUACCUUUUUCACUGCCAUUUUGCUGAUCAUUUCUGACUAUGGUCACCUCUAUUUUGUGUAGUUUUUUGUUGGCAACAGUUGCUAACGUGGUUUCUGGAAGUGUAACACAACACAUCAUUGCAUCAACAUAUAAAAAAACAUUACGACAACCGCUUCCUCACAUCCAAGUUUUUGAAUAAUUUCUAAAACACUUGAAUAUAAUAUGUUAUUCUUUUGAUUCAGCUUUAUUUGACUUUGAUUUUGGUUAUUGUAUUGAACUUUGGUAUUUGACCUAUUUUAAUUAUAUAUUAUACUUUUUCUGUCAGCUGCCAGUCCUGCACUUUUGUAGUCUUCCAUUUCUGUUCAGGUAGAACAAUUGUUAGAUGAGUCAUCCAUCUCUUCCUUCUCAUCAAGUGAUCAUUUUCCACUGUUUAGUAUCAUCACAUUGUUCAGUAACAUCACUAUUUGGGUUUGCACUAGUUGAAAAUUAUCAUUUUUAGAUGUAAUAAAGGAAUUGUUCAAUCAUUA